AGAAGAAGAAGAAGAGUCACUUCCGUGUUGUUUGUUUUGGUCCGUCGUCCUGACAGCAGCCGUUAGCUUCAGUUAGCUCCAGCUAGCUUCAGUCCAACAUGUCAGCCACAGAGGACGACACGGAGCUGAGGGACCUGCUGAUCCAGAACCUGGAGAACAGCGGAGUCCUGAACAAGCUGAAGGCAGAGAUGAGGGCUGCGGUGUUCCUGGCGAUGGAGGAGCAGGACAAACUGGAGAAUAAAACUCCUCUGAUCAACGAGAACCUGAAGAAGUUCCUCAACACUAAAGACGGUCGCCUGGUGGCCGCUCUCAUGGUGGACUUCCUGCAGGUCUUUAACCUGGACUUCACGCUCGCCGUGUUCCAGCCGGAGAUCAACCAGCUGAACGGUCUGGACGGUCGGGACCAGGUCUGCAGAGAUCUGGGUCUGUCAGAGUCCGAGGUGAACAGGAACUCUCCUCUGCUGCUGGAGCUCGUCAAGAGGCGACACAAAACCCCCGAGGAAAACAGAAGCGGAAACAUCGCUAAGGAGCCGACUCAGAAACAGAUCACACACGCCCGUAAGAAGUUCGACGCCUACGACAAGGACGGGAGCGGCUCGGUUCCAAGAGAAGACCUGAAGAAUGUCUUCACAGAUCUGUUCCCCAGUUUGAACAAGAACAUGUUGGAGAAGUUCAUCACUGAUGAGCUGAAAGCAGUAGAUAAAACUUUCUCCAAAGCGGUGGACUUCCAGCUGUUCCAGGGGUUUUACAGACGUCUCUUUGCUCAGUGCAGAAGUGUGGUGGUUCAGGACUCUGAUGUCAGUCAGCCGCAGAGUCUCGUACCUGAGGACAAAAUCAUCUCUCCAUCCAUCAGUAAGAUCCCCAGAUUUAAAGGCCAGAGUCACAGAGGCCAGAGUCAGACAGCAGCCAAGGACUCGGAGGGGAAAGGAGACUCCAAACCUCGAGAGACGACAGACAACAGGGCUUCCUCCUUUGGCCUGCAGAGGGACCCUCUGGACCUGGACCUGGAGGUGGACGACGAUCCUGAUGAGGGGGAUUCGUUCUUCGACGAUCCGUUGCCCAAACCGCAGAAGACAUAUGGCUGCUCUCCGUUUGGAGAGAAGGACUCAUCAGAGCGGACAAACAGUCCGAGAGAUCUGUCUGUCCUGGCUGCUGACUCAGAGGGCGAGCGAGAUGAUCCUCCCUCUGAACACAGUCAGACCUCUGAGCUCAGGAAGCCAGAGGCGUCCGGGGCCAGAGAGAGUCCAGUAGGGUCCCUGUCAGAGGCCCCGAGACCAGGAGGAGGAGGAGGAGGAGGGGGGAGCAGUGUGUCUGAGCAGAGCCACAGCAGGAACGGUGAGAGAUGUGUUCGUCCUGCAGGAGCGCCCAACUCCAGAGACCGAGGCUUCAGAGACUUAAAGGCCCUGAACGAUAAAACUGGAUCUCUGCACUUAGAUGACGACGUUGAAUAUGACGAUGACUUUAACAGUCAUCGGUCAGAUCUCUCCAAGAGCGAGAUCAGCAUCGGCGAGGAGAUCGAGGAAGUUUCCAUCGAGGGACCGGAGAACAGCGACAAGUUUGAUGAAACCACACAGGACCUGAGCGUCUCUCAGCUCAGCCAGAGCCACGGAGCCGACUACAUGGAGGAGGUGGCCUGACUUUCCCAUAAUGCACUACGCUUUUCUUUCCCAUCAUGCACCUCUUUGUAUCGCCAAUAUUUAAGUCUGUACAGUUUCAAUGAGCAAUAAAUAAAACAGUUUGUUUUAAGA